UAAAACUCUGUUAAAUUUAGCAGCAGAACUUCAUACAGUCGCGUGUUUUACUAAUAACGCUGUGACUGAAGAUGAGGAUAAUGAGGGUGAGCGCGCUCAUGUGCGCGGUACUGAUGUGUGUUGAGGGACACCAGAGAGGUCUAUUUCCUGCUAUCUUAAAUCUUGCCAGCAAUGCAGAAAUUACAACUAAUGCCACUUGUGGUGAACCUGUCUCUGAGAUGUACUGUAAACUAGUUGAACACGUUCCUGGAAGACGAAUCCGUAACCCUCAGUGUCGAAUCUGUGAUGCUAACAGCCAAAAUCCCAAAGAGCAACACCCCAUUACUAAUGCCAUCGACGGCACCAACCAAUGGUGGCAGAGCCCGAGUAUCAAAAAUGGCCGUGAGUUUCAUUGGGUCACCAUCACUUUGGACUUAAGACAGAUCUUUCAGGUCGCUUAUAUCAUCAUUAAAGCUGCUAACUCUCCACGACCCGGGAACUGGAUUCUGGAGCGUUCUCUUGACGGAGUGAACUUUCAGCCGUGGCAGUACUACGCUAUCAGUGACACCGAGUGUCUGACCCGAUAUAACGUCACCCCGCGCCUCGGUCCUCCUACCUACAAGAGGGACGAUGAGGUCAUCUGUACGUCCUAUUACUCACGGCUGGUGCCGCUGGAGCACGGCGAGAUCCACACAUCUCUGAUAAACGGCCGCCCCAGCGCUGAUGAUCUGACCCCAGAACUGCUGGAUUUUACCUCUGCCCAAUACAUCCGUCUACGUCUGCAGAGAAUACGCACGCUCAACGCCGACCUCAUGACCCUCAGCUACCGUGACCCUAAAGAUGUUGACCCCAUCGUCACCCGACGGUAUUAUUACUCAAUCAAGGAUAUCUCAGUGGGCGGGAUGUGUAUCUGUUAUGGCCAUGCCCAAAGCUGUCCCUGGGAUCCUGUUACCAAGAAGUUGCAGUGCGUAUGUGAACACAACACGUGUGGUGUGAGCUGUAAUGUGUGUUGUCCUGGAUAUCAUCAGGAGCUGUGGCAGCCUGGAACGCUUUCAGUUGGAAACACAUGCAAAAAAUGUAACUGUCACAAUAAAGCCAAGGACUGUUACUAUAAUCAGACAGUAUCUGAUCUGAAGCUGAGUCUCAAUACAGACGGUCAGUUUAUAGGAGGAGGUGUUUGUAUGAACUGCACUCAGAAUACUGCUGGUGUGAACUGUCAAACCUGUGCUGAUGGAUACUACAGACCACACAAGGUUUCUCCGUAUGCUGAUCAUCCCUGUGUUGAGUGUCAGUGUGAUAUGAGCGGUUCAGUUAGUCCGGUGUGUAUUAGAGAUGAUAAUCACACUGAUCCUGAAACAGGUUUGUCUGCAGGUCAGUGUUUGUGUAAAGAAGGUUUUGCUGGUGAUAAAUGUGAUCGUUGUGCGUUCGGAUACAGAGAUUUUCCGUUCUGUACUCGCUGCGAGUGUAACCUGGAUGGAAGCCUCAACGUGGACCCCUGUGAAGAGUGUUUGUGCAAGGUUAACGUGAUGGGCUCAAACUGUGACCUGUGUAAGCAGGGCUUCUUUAACCUGCAGGCCACCAAUCCAGAGGGAUGUACUGAGUGCUUUUGUUUUGGAGUCUCAGAUGUUUGUGAGAGCUCAACCUGGUUCACUGGAUCGGUGGAGCAGCGAGAUGGUUUACUCUUGCGUUCUGUUCAGAGUUCCUCCAUCUUCACCCCUCCUGUCUCCGAGGACAAUCUGAUCGAGAUUAACAGUACAACGGCCGCAGGCGUCUUCUCCGUCUGGUCAUGGGCUGCACCAGAACCUUUCCUCAAUAAUAAGCUGACAUCAUAUGGAGGAUUCUUGAACUACAGCGUUGCUUAUGACGUAUCUGAGGAGAACGAGGAUAAAACGCUUCAUUCAUAUUUCAGUCUCAUUAUUGAGGGUAACGGUCAUACGCUGAGACAGACGCAGUCGAAUCAUCUGUUGUUGAGCGUUCACCGUCAGCAGCACAUCUCACUGCGGAUCCUGCCGCAAACAUUUACAGACGCUCACAGCGGACGCUCGCUUCAGAGAGACGAAUUAAUGACAGUUCUGUCUGAUGUGGCCGCGUUCAGGGUCCGAGCGGAGCUGAAGGGUAGCGCUGAGGGAACACUCAGGCUGAGCUCGGUGUCUUUAGGUGUUGGAGAUGAAAGGAUUUCUCCAGAUGUGGAAGAGUGCGAGUGUCCGUGGGGAUAUUCAGGCUCCUCCUGUGAGUACUGUAUUUCUGGGUUCUACCGGGUCGGAGGGAUUUUGUUUGGAGGAAACUGUCUUCAAUGUGAAUGCAACGAUCACGCCACAGACUGUGACAUCAAUGGAGAGUGUUUGGGAUGUGAACACAACACUACAGGACCUCAUUGUGAUGGCUGCCUGCCGGGUUUCUAUGGCGACCCGAGCGAAGGAACGCCGGAUGACUGCCAGAGAUGUGCCUGCCCGCUGACACUGGCGUCUAACAAUUUUAGCCCCACGUGCAGACUGCAGAGCUCUGGAGACUUCAUCUGUGAUCAAUGUCAACAGGGACACGCGGGACAGAAGUGUGAGAGGUGUGCUAAUGGUUACUAUGGCGACCCGACGGUACCGGGACAGCAGUGUUCAUUGUGUGAGUGUAAUGGAAACGUGGAUCCUGCAGAACCGGGUCACUGUAACGGUCUCACAGGAGAGUGUAUGAAGUGUUUAGGUCACACGUCGGGUCGGCACUGUGAACGCUGUCAGGACGGUUUCUACGGCGACGCUGUGAUGGAGAAAAACUGCCAAUCCUGUGGUUGCUAUGGUAACGGCUCCCUGUCCUCCGUGUGUAACGUGAUCACGGGUCAGUGUGACUGUAAGCCCGGUGUUGUAGGACAGACGUGUGACCGCUGUCAGGAUGGAUAUCACGGCAUUAACAGCAGAGAUGGCUGUAGGCCAUGUGAAUGUAACCAAUCAGGGUCACUGUCUGCAUCAUGUGAUGAGGAGGGGCGGUGCCAGUGUAUCACCGGAGUGACAGGUGACAAGUGUGACCGCUGUCAGCGUGGAUACUACAACUUUAAAGAGAACGGCUGUACACCGUGUGACUGUGAACACACACACGGGAACUGUAACGCAGCGACAGGCGAGUGUAUCUGUCCACCUCAUACACACGGGCCGAAGUGUGAAGACUGUGAGACGGAUCACUGGGGUCACAACACUGUUUCUGGCUGUACGGCGUGUAACUGCAGCGUCAUCGGCUCAACCCUGUCUCAGUGUGAUCUUUCGUCGGGUCAGUGUGCGUGUAAACCGCAGUUCUCAGGAUUAACCUGUGAUCGUUGUGCGCUCGGCUACAAAAACUUCCCAGAAUGCACCGCCUGCAACUGCAAUCCCAACGGCACGCAGGAGGAGUUCUGUGAUUGGACGCUGGGAGUGUGUGGAUGUGAAGAUCAAGGACAAUGUUCCUGCAAGGAGAAUGUUGGCGGUGCUGGAUGUGAUGAAUGUAAGAGCGGUACGUUCGGUCUGUCGGGUCAAAACCCGUCCGGCUGCAGCCCGUGUUUCUGUUUCGGUGUGUCCAGUGAUUGUGAGGAGAUGAGCGGUCUGGUGCGGGUACCGAUCACACUGGGUUCAGACCCGGCUCCGAUGCGUGUUGUGUCUCAAAGUGACCUGCAGGGGACGCUGGAGGGAGUUUAUUACACAGAUCAUGAGAUGUUGUUAGACGCGUCUCACGUCCACAGUCUGUCCAUCCUCACCGGUCCAUAUUACUGGAGACUGCCACGACAAUACCACGGUAACAAGCUGCUGUCUUAUGGAGGAAUACUGUCGUAUACGGCCGCGUUCUUUGCUCGUGAUGGAGUCGGACUGGCCAAUCACGAGCCUCAGGUACUGAUGAGAGGAGGACACCUGAGGAAACUGGUCAUCUAUACGGACGUUCCUGCACCAGAAAACGGGAUCCGGACCAGACAUGAAGUUCCUCUGACAGAGCACAAGUGGAAAUAUUUCAACUCUGUGUCAGAGAAAGCAGUGAGCCACAUGGACUUCAUGUCUGUCCUGAGUAAUGUUGAAUACAUCAUCAUCAAAGCAUCGUAUGGCAGCGGACUGCAGCAGAGCAGGAUCUCUAAUAUCUCGAUGGAAACGGCAGUGGACGCAGAUGAGUUUGAUGAUGGUGAGAUUGCGCGGCUGGUGGAGAUGUGCGAAUGUCCCCUGGGAUACGCUGGGCUCUCGUGUCAGGAGUGCGCUCCAGGAUAUUACCGACAGCCGGUGUCAGAACUGGAUAUGAAGGGAAGAAACAGACCCAUCAUUCAGCCCUGCGUCCCAUGUCAGUGUAAUAAACACAGUCUGUCAUGUGAUCUGGACACUGGCAAAUGUCGGGGAUGUCAACACAACACCACAGGAGAAUACUGUCAGUUGUGUGCCCCAGGGUAUUAUGGGAAGGUUCAGGGGUCUAUCAGUGACUGCUCACUGUGUGCCUGUCCACUGAGGGGUCAAAGCUUCAGCUCGACGUGUGUAUUGGAGGGUGCCGGUGAUUUCCGCUGCGAUCGCUGUGAUCAGGGUUAUGAAGGACGUUACUGUGAGAGGUGUUCGGUCGGUUACUAUGGUAACCCAUCUGAGCCGGGUGGGCGGUGCCAGGCGUGUCAGUGCAGCGAGGCGGGGUCAGUGCAUGGCAUGUGUGAUGGACGCACAGGGAAGUGCGAGUGUAAGGUCGGGGUCAGAGGUCAUCUGUGUGACGUGUGUGAGGAGAGACACGUGCUUGUGAACGAUCAGUGUGUGUCGUGCAAUGAUGACUGCACUGGAGUUUUGCUGGACGAUCUGGAUGCUUUAGACGGAUCCAUCACAUCUCUGAACUUGACCGGCGUCGUUCUUGCACCAUACAGCCAACUUUUGACACUAGAGAACCGGACCAGAGAGGUGAAGAGUCUGAUGUCCUGGGAGCAAAGGCCAAAUUAUCAGCUGAGCACAGGAGAGGAAAACCUGAGCAACAUUACCAAUCAAAUCACUGAGCUGCAGCAGCAGGUUGAGAGCGUGUUUGGUCACAGUGCUGAUGUCAUGAUGACCUCAGAGGAGAGACUCACUCAGGGGAGAGAGAUGCUGGACUUCAUCUACAAUAUUCAAUCUCGCAUUCAGAGUCUGUCGGAGCAGGCAGGUUCUGUAAACGAGACUGUGGAUGAGAUUCUGGAUGAGAUGAACAGCACUUAUGUGCUGGAGGAGAUGAGCAGCACGCUGGAGAAUAUGAGAGCGAUGAAUCUGAGGCCCUGCGGUCAGACUGCACAGAAUGAACACGGUUCUGCAGUAGUGGUUCUUCAGAGCGUUCAGGAUAAGAUAACACAGCCGCAAACUUACAACCAGAUCAAACAGGAGAACAUCUCCACAACACUCGACAGAUAUAACCAGCAGCUCAGUGAGACCCAAGAGAGCCUAAACAUGGCGGAGAAUCACAUUAACCACACACAACAUCUGCUGAAGAACAUCCAGGAGAAUCUCAAUGACUUCACUAUCUCCAGGAUCAAUGUCAGCGAUCUGAACCAGGAAGUAGAGAGACGUGUACAGGAAGCUCAGGAGAUGCUGACUGAUGCCCUCAAUUCAGCAGAGGACAUAAAUAAUACAACAACUACGCUGGAGGAGAUGAAGAAUGACGUGGAGCUACUGAGUCCAGCUCUCAGGAAACAUGUGGACAUUCUAGUGAUGGAGUUGACCAGUCGAGAUGCCCUGCAGCUGGUCUACAGAGCUGAGGAUCACGCACAGGCGCUCAGUAAAGAGGCUCAGAGCCUCAACAGAUCUCUGUCUGAGGUGAGAUCUGCAUCACUGAAUGCAACUGGCAUCCCGCAGACCAGCAUCAACAUCAGGACACACAUACAACUGGCAGAAGAUCUGGCCCGUACGGCCAAUGAAAGUUCAAGCUCCGCCCUCAAUCUGACCUCUGAGUCUGAAAACUCAUUGACUGUCCACGGACAGAAGACACUUCAGAUGAGCUCAGAGAUUCUGGAUGACAGCAGAUCUUUAAAGAACCACACAGAGUGGCUGGAGUUUAACACCAGUGAUUUAACCAGCAGAUUGAAUCAAACCAGAAGAAAUGUUCAAAACUUCACCCAGUUGUUGCCAGAUGCUCUCAUCCUCCUGAGAAAUCAUCCAAACAACAGCAGAGAGGAAAUUCUAGAAGCUAAACUUCAGGCAGAAGCGGCAAACGCGUCUCUACAGAAAGCUCUAGAACGAUUGGAGGAUUAUCAGAUGAAGCUGAAGGAGUCGUGGUCUGCCGUCAGCUCAGCCAAUCACAGUGCCAGGAGCUCCGGCGAGACGAUCAAAGACUCAGAAGACACCGCCAGUGCAGUCAGAUCCACAUUGAAUGAAGUUGAUCUCCAGACUGAUCGACUCUACGACCGCCUGAAACCUCUGCAGACGCUAAGUGAGAAUCUGGGCAGAAACCUGUCUGAAAUCAGAGAGCUCAUCAGUCAGACCCGGAAACAGGCCGCAUCCAUUAAAGUGGCGGUUUCUGCGGAUCGAGAUUGUGUCCGAGCGUACAAACCCGAAAUAACAUCCAGCAACUUCAACAUGCUUACACUGACGGUGAAGACCACUGAACCGGAUAACCUGCUUUUCUAUAUGGGCAGCAGUCUGACUGAGGAUUUUAUGGCUUUGGAAAUGCGUCAUGGGAAAGUGUCAUUCCUAUGGGAUGCUGGUUCUGGAUACACCCGACUGGAAUAUCCAAACAUUCAGAUCAACAACAAUAUGUGGCACAGGAUCAACGCCACAAGGUUCGGUAAACACGGCACCCUGACCGUUCAGCAGACGGACUCUGAACCCAUGCCCACCGUGAAGACCACUGCUCCCGGUUCUUCUACUGUUAUGGAUGUCAACAAAUCCACCUGGAUGUUUGUUGGAGGUUUGGGUGGUCAGGUGAAGAAAUCUCCAGCGGUGAAGAUGACACAUUUCAAAGGCUGUAUGGGAGAAGCGUCACUCAAUGAGAACAACAUUGGAUUAUGGAACUAUAGAGAGAGAGACAGAGAGUGUGCUGGAUGUUUCAUGAGCGUGCGGACAGAAGACACCUCAUUUCACUUUGACGGCAGUGGAUACUCUGUGGUUGAGAAGUCUCUUCGUUCCAUGUCCACCAGCGUCAUCAUGUUCUUCAAAACUCUUUCUCCAAACGGCCUGCUACUUUAUCUGGCCUCCAACGGCACGAGAGACUUCCUAUCCAUUGAGCUGGUAGAAGGAAAAGUUCACAUGACCUUUGAACUGGGUGCUGGAGUUUUCACCCUGACCUCUAACAAAACAUACAACACGGGCACCUGGUACCGUAUCGCCCUGCAGAGGAACAAACGCAAAGGACAUUUAUCAGUGAUGGCAGCUGAAAACCCUUCAGAGCGAGAGGUCAUGGAAGGGGAGUCACCGGGUUCAUCGUCUGACCUCAAUCGCUCCGAUCUCGACCCCAUUUAUAUCGGCGGCCUACCCGCCUCUCGACCAAUCAGGAGAGAGGUGGUGGCACGCUCGUUUGUCGGCUGUAUGAAGAAUGUCGAAAUUGCUCGUACUAAUUUUGAUCUGCUCAGAGAGUCGUACGGAGGAGUAAAGAAAGGAUGUGUGCUAAAGCCCAUCCGCAGUCUUUCUGCAUUUGGUGAUGGUUUUCUGGAGAUGCCAGGCAUCAUCAUGGGUUCACAUACAGAGAUCAUGACCACCUUCUCCACUAAACACGACAGUGGGGUCAUUCUGGCCGGAUUCAGCAGAACCGCAGGACGCUCACGCAGACAAGCACAACAGUCUCUCCUGACUGUAACGCUGGUGUCUGGUUGGCUGGAGGUUCGUGUGGGUGUGGCUGAGGGUGGGGCUGUGCACAAGAUAGUUGUAAAAUCACGGAAUGGCUCGUUCAGUGACGGACGGGAGCAUUCACUCAUACUGCAGAGACAUAAACGGAGCAUUACAGUGUUUGUGGAUGAGGAGAGUCAGGCCACAGUAAAACUGGGCUCAUCUUCAGAUAAACCUCUGGCAUUGGGACGUCUCUGUAUCGCUGGUGUCCCUGUAGGAGAAAGCAGCACAGGACUGAACACAAUGACUUCUUUCUACGGCUGUAUCAGAAACAUAGCAGUGGAUGGAUUACUGCUGGAUCUGUCUGCUGCUCUGCGCUAUGAGAACGUGGACAUGGACAGCUGUUUACUGCAGGAGAGACCCAGACGAGUUCUUUUACCUGAUGAUGUAGAGACGGAUCCGACCCCUGACCCCGCUGUACAACCUCUGACCCCUACACCAGAGCUCAUCACCGUCACAGCACACAGCACCAGUUGUGUUGCCAUGGAUGACACCGAGAGUAUCCCAGAAUCCCAUCAGUUUGGACUGUCUCGACACAGUCACGUGAUCAUGGCCUUUAAGAAUAAGACGGUCAGAACGAGUUUUACAGUGAAGAUGUCGGUGCGCACGUUCUCUCGCAGCGGCGUUCUCUUCUACAUGGCCAACGCUAACCAGCAGGAUUACGCAGUGCUGCAGGUGCACAACGGCCGUCCGCUGUUCUCCUGUGAUUUGGGCAAAGGUCCCGCCAGCGCCACGCUGCCCAUCAUCAUCAGUGACGGCCUCUGGCACACCGUGAAAGCAGAAUUCAGUAAGAAAUCAGUGAUGAUCAGCGUGGACGGCUCAGACUCGGAUCACAGCCCUACUAAAGGACACACAUUAGACGUGGAGGGGAAGUUAUAUGUCGGAGGACUUCCAGCAACAUAUACAGCCAAGAGAAUCGGAAAUGUAACACACAGUCUGGCGGGCUGUGUACAGAACGUGAUGUUUAACAGCAUCCUGAUGAACCUCAGCAGUCCGAUGUCUUCUUACUCCACGGGUUCCUGCUACAGUAAAGUUCAGGACGGGACGUUCUUCAGCGGGAGAGGACACGCUGCCUUCAUAAAGGACGGUUAUAACGUUGGCUCAGAUGUGACGGUGACUUUAGAGUUUCGCUCUACGGUGUCAGAUGGAGUUCUGUUGGGAAUCAGCAGCAGUAAAGUGGACGCCAUCGGUCUGGAGCUCAUCAAUGGACAGGUCGUGUUUAAUGUAAAUAACGGCGCGGGCCGCAUCACGGCUAUCAGCAGGUCACGUGGACUGUUGUGUGACGCUCGCUGGCACUCUAUAGUGGCCAAAAAACAGAAACACAGUCUGAGUUUGACCGUAGACGGCGUUACCGUGACCACAGAGAAUCCGCACUCAUCAUCUACCUCAGCCGAGACCAAAAACCCAAUCUAUGUUGGAGGAUAUCCAGGUGAUGUCAAGCAAAACUGUCUGGUGGGACGAAAAGCGUUUCGCGGCUGUAUGAGGAAUCUGCGUUUGAUGAAAGGUCACGUCACAGAUGUCCUAGACUUUACUUCAGCCUUCACACACAUGCACGUGUUUCCUCACGCCUGUCCUGCUGCGUAAACCACUGACAACCUCACACACACGCACCAUAUACACAUACUGUUAGUCUUUUUGUGUUUAGAUUUGAUAUGUGAAUAAAAUGAUGGUAAAAUAAGUUU